ACAUAUACAUACAAAGUUACAAACACACAUACAUACAUAUAUCAUAUAUGCAUGAAGGCAUGAUGAUGGGCACUCAAGACGAGGGUAUAACGUUGGAGCUGAUACGCCAACACCUUCUCGGAGACUUUGCUACCUCGACGGCGACGACGGCGGAGGCCUUCAUCGACAACCUUAACUUCUGCUUCCCAGAUAAUAAUGUCUUCACCAAUCAACAAACGGUAACGGAAUUUUCAACGGAAUUUGUUCCAUUACAAUUUUCUGUUACAGAUCAAGAUUUUUUUAGUGGGACGAAUUUCUUCUCUGUAAAGUUCGAAUUUUCUAAUUCGGACUUAUAUCAACCCGACUUGCCUAGUGUCGGUUAUUUCAACCCGCAACCCGAUUUCCCCCAGUUUUAUGAAACCAAACCCGGCAUUUUUCUUGACCCGCAAACACCACCGGCUCCGAAUCCAAUCGCGACGGAACAUGUCUCUUCGAUUCCCGGCGGCCGGAGAGAAUACGGGGCUGGUUUGACGCGUGUUAAUCGCGCCGGAAAAGGGAGGUAUUACAGAGGGGUUAGGAGGCGGCCGUGGGGGAAAUACGCGGCGGAAAUCCGAGAUCCGAACCGGAAAGGAUACCGGAUAUGGCUCGGGACUUACGAUAACGAAGUCGACGCGGCACGCGCUUACGACUGCGCUGCAUUCAAGAUGAGAGGUAGCAAGGCGAUUCUGAACUUCCCGAUGGACGCCGGAAAGUCGCUGCCGCCGGCCAAAGUUAACCGGAAACGGAGGAAGGAAAGCAAGAGCAAAAUGGCGCUAAAAGAUUGACAGUUGAUGUUGGAAAUACAGUUAAUUAUGUUCUAUCUACGGCCAGAAACUGUAAUCUAAAAAUGUGAAAACUGUUUAAUUUCUUUUACUUUUUUUUUUUUUUUUUUACAACUCGAAUGUUUUACUUUCUUUUUAUUUUUAGAAUAUAAUUUAACGUCAUGGCAUUGCAAAGGUUGUAUCUAUGUGGUUAUAUAUGUUUAUAUUUAAAGGAAAAUGCGUUAAU